AUGCACUGGCACACCAACCACAGGGGCGCGAUCGAGGCGAUCGUGGCGGCGCUGCAGGCUCACCCGCAGGUGGCGGAGGUGCAAGAGCAAGGCUGUGCGGCGCUGCGCAACGUGUGCUCUGGCGACGACGCCGCAGGGCUCGCACGCAAGCAGCGCGCAGCCGACGCGGGCGUGAUCGAGGCGGCGGUGGCGGCGCUGCAGGCUCACCCGCAAGCGGCGGGCAUGCACGAGCAUGGCUGCGCGGCGCUGACCAACGUGUGCUACGGCGACGACGCCGCGGGACUCGCACGCAAGCAGAGCGCAGCAGCCGCGGGCGCGAUCGAGGCGAUCGUGGCGGCGAUGCAGGCUCACCCGCAGGAGGCGGAGGUGCAAGAGCAAGGCUGUGAGGCGCUGCGCAACGUGUGCUCCGGCACCGACGCCGUAGGGGUCGCACGCAAACAGAGCGCAGCCGACGCGGGCGUGAUCGAGGCGGCGGUGGCGGCGCUGCAGGCUCACCCGCAGUUGGCGGGUUUGCAGGAGGAUCUGCAUCUGGCUGCUGGGCGUCGUGAACAGUGUAACAGCUAUCAGCUUGGGUGCGACGGUGUAUCAUUCACUUUAUGCCACCGUUGCAUAUCCGGAUAUGCAACGGUGGCAUAA